AUGCGCCCCGGGUUCCAGCGGGCGUUGGAGGGCAAGAACGUGAAGUUUGUCGACCUUAGUAAGCUGCCCGAGAAGUACAGGCAGCAGUACGCCGCCGCGGGCCAGCAGCAGCAGCAGCGGCAGCAACAAAAGCAGCAGCGGCAGCAGCCGCCGCCGUCCGUGGUGACGCGCGUCGGGCGGCCGGCAGGCGCGGCUGCGCCGCCGCCGCCGCCGCCGCAGCAGCAGCAGCAGGGCGAUGGCAAGGGGCAGCCGCCGGGCGGCCACGUGCAGCCGGCGGCCGGCGGGCGGGCCGCGCGCGGCGCGCGCGGGCCGGGGACCGGCCUCGGGGCGCGCCUGCCCGGCACGACAGCCUCCAUGCGGGCGCCGUUCGCGGCGGCGGCCGAGGGCGACCUCGUCCCGCGCGUCGCGCGCCCGACGCCGCGGCGCGUGGAGAUGGCUGGCGACGGGCAGCCGCCCGGCAGCUUCCAGGGCGGCGAGGUGUCGCCGUCGCGGUUCCCAUCCGCGGAGGAGCAGCAGCAGCGGCAGCAGCGGGAGGACGAGGAGCUGGGCCGGGACGCGGAAGCCGAGGAGUCGGAAGACGAGGGGGCGCCCACGGUGCUGGACGCCGAGCAGAUCCGGGACCUGCUAACCUCGGCCGGCGCGGAGGGCCUCGACGCGCGGCGCUUGCUGGCCGAGGCGCUCGCCCUUGGCUGCGUCAUCCCGCCGGGCGCCGCCGCCGCGGCGGGGGCGGAGAUGCCGAGCGAUGAGGAGGUUGAGGCGGCGAGGGCCGAGGCCGAGGAGGCGUUCGAGGCGAUGCGGGCCGAGGCCGAGGCGGAGGCCGAGGCCGACGCACGGAUCGGUCCGAGGUUGGGUGAUCUGGAGGAGGAUGAUCUGGAGGAGGGCGACUUGGAAGCGGAGGACGACCCCAGCGCCGUGCGCGUUCGCGUGCCUGACGUGUCUGCAGGCCCGGGCCCGGGCGCGGGCCCGGGCGCGGCGCGGCCCGGCGCAGGCGGGGGGCGCUCGUGGGGCGCGGGGUGGACGGCGCGGGAGAGCACCCGCUAG